GGACUCAAUAAGCAGCUUAGAGUUGUCUCGGAGCCGGACAAGCCUUUGCUCAGUAUCUGCGUUCUCUGCGGAAGGAGCGGCCCGCGAGCAGGUCACACUGGGAUGACGCAGCGGAGGGAUAUGACAGUGUCCAGUUCAGCCCAAAGGUCCUCUUGCACUUCUACAUCAUCAAGUCGAGCACGUCAGUAUCAUGUCUAUCCCUCAUACGAAGCGAGUCUGCCAGCUUAUCAAACUCAAGCCCGAGUACGAGACACAGUACAAAGAGGUCCAUAGCGCCGUCUGGCCAGGCGUGCUCGCAGCACUGGAGACGCACAACGUUGCAGAUUAUUCCAUCCAUUACUUUCCACCGCUUCAUCUACUCAUCGCGACCUUCAAGUACACGGGUACGGGUUAUGACAAGGACAUGAAGGCCAUCGGCGAGGAUCCGAUCACGCAGGAGUGGUGGAAGGUCACGGAUAUGAUGCAGGAGAGCUUCAAUGAUGGAGCAACAGGCUCUGGAAAAGAUAUACCAUGGUGGACAGAAGUAGAGGAGGUAUUCCGGAUGGAAGGAGUACUACAUCGAUGAUCUACUAUAGAGGUGCUUCAAUAAGAAGGGGAAUCCAAGUACAUUACACCGUCUGAAGUGUAAAAUCGAGCACG